AUGUCCCCCUGGUCCCACCAACAUGUCCCCCUGGUCCUACCAACAUGUCCCCCUGGUCCCAUCAACAUGUCCCCCUGGUCCUACCAACAUGUCUCCCUGGUCCCAUCAACAUGUCCCCCUGGUCCCACCAACAUGUCCCCCUGGUCCCAUCAACAUGUCCCCCUGGUCCCACCAACAUGUCCCCCUGGUCCUACCAACAUGUCUCCCUGGUCCCACCAACAUGUCCCCCUGGUCCCUUCAAUAUGUCCCCCUGGUCCCACCAACAUGUCCCCCUGGUCCCUUCAAUAUGUCCCCCUGGUCCCACCAACAUGUCCCCCUGGUCCCACCAACAUGUCCCCCUGGUCCCAUCAACAUGUCCCCCUGGUCCCACCAACAUGUCCCCCUGGUCCCACCAACAUGUUCCCCUGGUCCCAACAACAUCUCCCCCUGGUCCCACCAACAUGUCCCCCUGGUCCCAUCAACAUGUCCCCCUGGUCCCACCAACAUGUCCCCCUGGUCCCACCAACAUGUCCCCCUGGUCCCACCAACAUGUCCCCCUGGUCCCUUCAAUAUGUCCCCCUGGUCCCACCAACAUGUCCCCCUGGUCCCAUCAACAUGUUCCCCUGGUCCCACCAACAUGUCCCCCUGGUCCCUCCAACAUGUCCCCCUGCUCCCACCAACAUGUCCCCCUGUAAAGGCAAACUCGGGCGCACUGCCGACCGAAGAUCGACGCGACGCGACGACGCGUACGCGACGGCAAAAACACGCCGCGCGCGCACGCAUCCGCAAAGAGUCCGCACACUCCAACGCGCGCGCUGCCGCGCCACUACCCCUCACCCACGGACUACCCCGCCCUAA